UAAACUGUAAAGUUAAUUCUCAGAGCUGGCACGUAUCUUUGAAAUGAAUUAUGAAGCUUUGGUUACCCAGCAACUGAUUUUGGAAGCAGUGGACUAUGCAGGCAGUAUUAGUCAGCAGUGGUGGGCAAUAUAAUACAAGUAGAUUGUUGAUAAACCUGGUUCAACCAUUAUCCAGAGGCCAAAUUUAAAAUCUGACUGGUAAUAUGUGCAAUGUGAAGCACAAGUAGUCAGCAAAUGCCUUCAAUGAUAACAAAGUAUACCAGGAUUAUCACUAGACAUACUUGCUACCUAGUCUUCUUUUACUGAGUGAUUAAAUUUGAGGGGUGAUUAUUUUACCAGCUACCUGUCUCCUUCAUCUGUGCUAACUGUGGUUUAGUGGUUGAGUGCUCAGAAUCUCCCACGAUCUAAGAAUGCCUGAAGUUCUGCCAGUACAGGCUACAUUGUUUGGAGUGCUUGUCUUUUCUGGAAUACUGGGGAAUAUCCUAGUCAUCUUCACGGUAUUCGGCUCAGUGUGUGGGGCACAUUCACAACAGCAUCUCACACCGUCUGACAUCAUCCUGAUGAAUCUUUCCUUUGCCAAUUUGCUCACAUCAAUUUUUCGAACUGUGCCCAUCUUCAUCUCUGACUUUGGCGUGGAGAUCUAUCUGUCCAACAGCUGGUGCAAAAUAUUCAUGUUCUGUUGGGUGUGGUGGCGCUCUGUUGGUGUCUGGGUCACCUUCACACUCAGUCUCUACCAAUAUCUCACAAUUCGACGGAAAUUUCAGAUAUCAGGAACAUUGGCGAAGUUGGCAGAACGCCGCCGGGUCUUGCUCUCUCUCUUAGUGGUGUGGGUGCUGAACUUUCUGUACUCUGUUCCUGCCUUGUUCUACUCAACCCACAUCACAGGUAACAAUACUGCUGAGCUUAUGGUCAUCAGCUGUAAUACACGGCCCCUGCUGGGCUGCAUCUGGGAUUUCCCUGUAGAGAAACAUGGCAUCAUCUUUGCCACAACAUCUUUGGCUAUUCAUGAAGUCACACCCACUGUGCUCAUGGUAGCCACCAACCUUUCAACACUCUGUGUGCUGAAAAAGUACAUGCAGUCUGUGGCAGAGAGUGGACUUACUACACAUAUGCACUCGGAAAGAAAUGCCAGCAAACUAAUUGUAAUGCUUGUCACACUUUUCCUGCUUUGUUGGGGCACUCAGAUUUUGGCUGUGUCCUAUUACAACUACAAUGGAGGAUCUCAAGCUGAAAUACUACUGAUGCUUGCACAGUUUUCAGCAACCAUUUUUGUUGGGUUCAGCCCCCUAGUUGUCAUGCUUGGACAUAGUAAGAUGCGAAAUCAAGUUAAAAAGUUUUUCUGCCACAGCUGCUUUCGUCCUUCUGCUGGGAAGUGAGAUUUUUAAACAGUUGACUAGCACUUACAGGGAAACCUGUAGAGUAAUGCCACAUUGUCAGCCUGUUAUCCAUACUUUGACUGUUACGUGAUUUAUCAUUUAUUUAUUAGUUAAGUGACCACAUUUGUCCUUAGCUUCUAGAGCCAACGUACAGUUGCGAUCAUCAAGAAGCUUGGAUUAUA